ACCAACCAUGCUGACUCAUCUCCUCCAAAAACUAAACCACAAACCACCCACCAUCACCACCAUCCUCCUCCGCCAUAAAACCACUUCAUCCGAAUACGUAUCUUCAAGAAACCGUGACCCAACUUUCGAAAAACUAAUGGACAAAUACAAAAACCUCUUUAAAGUCAUCUCAAUUCAAGACCUCAUCCUCGGCACCACAACCACCACUAACGCCGUCUCCAUCGACUUCCUCAACCGUUUAUCCCAACGCCUCCAUCUCAACCGUGGUGCCACUCAUUUCCUCCGUAAAUACCCACACAUUUUCCACAUUUUCCAUCACCCCACAAAACUACAACCUUAUUCUACACUCACACAAACUGCACUUAAUAUCACUCAUCAAGAAGCUGCAGCUAUUAAUGCUGAUUUGCAAGUUGUGGUUGACCGUUUAGUUCGUUUGUUGUCGAUGUCGUUGACUAAAGAAUUGCCCCUUAGAGCUAUUUUUAAGGUUUUUAGGGAACUUGGUUUGCCUGAUGAUUUUGAGGAUAGUGUAAUCUUGAAAAGAUCUGAUCUUUUUGCGGUUCUUGAUAGUGGGAAUGAACCAAACACUCAUGUGUUGAAACUUGUUGGGGAUGUAGAGAAGGGGGAGUUAGUUGCAGCUGUUGAUGAUUGGAGAGUAAUGGAAUGUUGUAAAGAGGAUUGUGGGGUUGAUAGGAAUGAGAUUUUGUAUAGUUUUAAGCAUAGUUACCCACCAGGGAUGAAGUUGAGGAGGAAUUUUAAGGCAAAGGUUAAGGAAUGGCAACGGUUGAAGUAUGUAGGGCCGUAUGAGGCGGUGGAGAUUCGAGAGAAGAGGAAGAAGAGUAAGAUUGGGAUGAUGGAGAUGGAGAAGAGGGCGGUUGGGAUUGUGCAUGAGUUUUUGAGUUUGACGGUUGAGAAAAUGGUCGAGGUAGAGAAGAUUAGUCAUUUUAGGAAGUGGUUUGGGAUUGAUUUGAAUAUAAGGGACUUGUUUUUGGAUCAUCCAGGGAUAUUUUAUCUGUCGACGAAAGGGUAUAGACAUACAGUGUUUUUAAGGGAGGCUUAUGAAAGGGGAUGUUUGAUUGAACCAAAUCCAGUGUAUGAGGCUAGAAGGAAGCUUCUUGAUCUUGUUAUUUUGGGACGACGUGGGUUGUCUAGAGGUCAUUCUGAGCCAACGGGUGUGAGCCAGGGUGAAGACGGUGGUAUUGAAGAGGUGAAGACUGAUUCAGAUGAAGAUUGAAUUACCGAGAGCUUGCAGCCCUACCUUAAAUGCAGGAUGCUAUGCAAUUGCUAAAGGCCCUGAUGAAAAGGAUCAUAGAAGUCAAGAAGUGUUGAACAAAAUGGAGGGAGCUGUGUAACAUCUGCAUUAGCAGAGACCAUCAUCAGCAAGAAUAAAUUAUCCUCCAAGUAGUAUAGAGACCUGCGUCUGAGAAAAAGGUCGAGUCUCCUUUACUAAUUACAAAUGUAACACCAAGACGUGCUUCAUUGAAAUGGAUGAUGACCUGUGCAAGUUAGCAAGUGAAUGUUUAAUUGAUAUUUUAAGAGAGUUGCUUGUCAUUAGAAUUUGUGAUCUUUGGCUGAAGCAGAGGCUGUAAUGCUUGUAGUGCCCUGCUUUCUGAACUAUGUGUGACUCUGUUUGGUUGUCACAAAUCUACUUAGCCAACGUAGAUACCAGCUCCACUUGUAACUUCUAGAAGCUGAUGUGAAGGGAGUCUGAGCCUUAGUGUAUCAUUUGGAAAAGGAAGUACAGAUCCUGCAUGAUUUGGGGUGAGGAGCAAUUCAGAUGGAUACUUGAGCAAGUGUCGGUGAGUAUCUUACUUUGCUCACAAAUAAUCAUGGUCACUUAGGUAUUAUGCUCUGCAUGUUGUGUUGUACUUUACUCUCAAAUCCUAGCAGAGACAAAACCAUGGGUGUUUUUGUCCAUCUGCCUAAGCCUUGAUACCUUUGCCGGCAGGAGGUAGCAGGUACCUAGUGAGAUGGUCGAGGUGCAUGCAAGUUAUUUCGGACACCACCUUUGGGUCUUUCUUCCCUCCUUUUUAUGUCUGAGUUGAGACGUAAGCUGAUAUUACUUGAAGAAGAAUGUAAACUAAAAUUUUGGAAUUUGAUUUUGGAAGGAUGCAACAUAUGAUACACCCCCUAGGAGUUAUUUGUUAUAUUUCCUAUAUUUGAUAUUCCCCCUCUUCCAUUCCAUUUUCAUAGCAUGCUUUCAAUUAGUCUGUGUUCUUUCAGUCUCUUACAUUCAGCUUUCUUAUAAACCUUCAAGAGUAGCAGAAUUCGUGUUGCCACUUGCCAGGAUAA